GUCAGCGAGCCGCGUUGGGUCUGAACAGCAGUAGCGGUUCAUCGCGAACAGCCGCCAGCCGUCCGGAUGAUGAGGAGGACGAUGAUGACGAUGAUGAUGAGGAUGAUGAGGAUGCAGCCGGCAGCCGUCGUCGUACAGGAGUUAGCAAACGAUCGCGUAACGGUGGUGGUGGUGCGAUGGUAGCAGCAUCAUCGAGGCGCCGCGGUAGACCAUCAUCGAACGGUGUGUCCUCAUCGAGCCAGAAUGUGAUAGAGCCGUCCGGGGGAAGUCAACGUGCUCGUGCGCGAACGCUCCGUGGUCGGCGUGCACUCGAAGAGGACGAGGAAGACGAGGAAGAGGAGGCAGCAGUCGGAACGGAGAGUGAUGCCAGCACGAGCGACGAUACGACGACGGAUGAUUCGGACAGUGAUGACGAUGACGAUGACGAUGAUGAUAGUACGGGAGUGCCGGUGUCUCAUCGGGCCGAUUACGAUUCCGGUGAGAUGUACGAUCCGUACAAGCGGCGCAAGCGGCGUCCGGCCACCAAUCCAUCGUCAGCGCGCAAGCGAAAGAAGAAGGAAAAGAAGAAGGUCCAUCGCAGUAGGCGGCAGGUGAGCUCCACCACGAAGCGCAAGAAUGGUGUCUCGGGGGCGGCCACCAUGGCAACCAAUGCUGGUGGUGGUGGUGCCUCAACCAGCGGUGCUCCGUCGCGCCAAAGCGUCCGACAGGAUCUGUUCGGUGUGACGUCAGCAUCAUCGGCCGUAGCCGGAUCUUCACGUGCCCUCCGCAAUGGAUCGGAUCGAUCACCACCAUCUUCCUCCACGUUACCAAACAGCCGUGACGGAAGCAAGCCAAAGCAGCAGCAGCAGCAAGCAAACAACAAGCGCCCACGUCGUCUGGCACGCAAUCAGGUGGCGUCAUCCGACGAAGAAGAUGACGACGAUGAUGAUGAAGAUGAUGAUGAAGAUCACGAAGCCGCUGGCGAAGGUGGAGCCGGACCACCGCCAAGCAAACGUAGCCGUGGUCGGUACGAGUCGGACCACAGCUACCACAAGGAGCGCCCCAAGACAUCACGGAUCGUUUCGGACACGGACAAUGAGGAAGCGGAACCACCACGCUCGACACGUGGCAGCGUACGGCGGGCACAAGCUGAGUGGGGCAAGAGCGAAGACAGCCUCGAAGGUCCCGCUAAUGACGAUGACGACGAUGACGGCGAUGAUGAUGAUGAUAAUGAGGAUAGGACCGCCACUGGUACCACUACGAGCCGCAGUCGACGCAUAAUGGAUGAGGAGGACGAACCGGGACCGAGUGGGGGUCGCUCUGUGGGAGCCACAGCCGGUGCCUCCGCUAGUACAUCGUCUGGCCGUCAAAUGCGCACCCGCAAACCGAUCGUCAUGUCCGAUCAUGACGAGCACCACAGUCCAGAGGAGACGGCCAACAUCAGCAAGCGUGGAUCCGCUAGUCACCAUCAUCCUUCGUCACGAUCAUCAUCACGUCGUGCGUUUGCGGCAACGGAGAGAAACGGAGACGCCGCCGGCCCCGGCCCUUCGGGACUCCGUGGUCGCCGUUUGCGUGGGGUCGUUGCAUCCACCUCGAGUGCAGCCACACCACCACCGCACACGGUCGAUCACAACUACGGCGAACCGGGUCCAUCGUCUUCUGCGGCGGCCACCAGCACGGGCAGUAGUCGGGCGAGCCGGGGAGUUGUUGUUUCCUCAGCCUCAGUCGCCACUACCGCCGUAACCGUUGGUAGUGGUACGAUGGUGUCUGGUGGAACAGCUGCUUCGGUUCUACGUAGGACACGCAAUCGCAGCUCCACCACGGUGCUCUCGCGCCAUCAACGAAACGCGGACGAGCUAGACCAGGCGACGGUGAUGGUGGAGCAGCAGGAGUCCUCCUCGUCUUUGCUAGUGAGAACGGAAGAGUCGUCGACACGGCGAGGAAACCACCUACUUCCACGCCGUAACCGUCGUCCUAAUGAUGAUGUGGACCAUGAUGAUGAUGAUGAUGAUGAUGACGAUGAUGACGACGAGGAUGAUGUGCCGUUGCGAGCGGCGCCUGGAUUGCGCCAGCUACGAAGUCGACGACCGGUGUCUACGAAGCGAAGAAAAAGGGGCGUUUCCUCGUCGCACGAUGAGCAGCACGAGCUGGAAGACGAACACGGGGACGGGGAUGAGCCAGAGGAUGAAGCCGCCGAGGAAGAACACGAUGAUGAUGCGAGCAGUGAUUCGGACGAUGAUAAUACGCCGCUCCAUGUGAUGGCAGCGGCAGCUGCAGCAACGGCUGCAGCCGCUACACGAACACGCGGUCGUCGGUCGCAAACGGUUGCAGCAACCACCGGUACCGCUGCGACGAACCGUGGCAUGCGUGGCACACCGAAGAAAAGCCAAUCGUCGUCAGAAUCGCAGUCAAUGGUGGCACCGGGUAGUGGAAGCCGCGCUCGCCGGAAAGAACGCUACACAUCGGAUGAAGAGUAUGAGCUGCCUGGACCGUCGAGUGGCCGUUCGACACGCAAACUGAAGCGGCUCCGUUACAACGAGGAGUCGGAUGAGGAAGAAGGCGCCGAUGAUGAUGCAGAUCAAGGGCAGCAUCGCCGUCACCAUAACGCCAACCAUCGAAGUAUGCGGCGCGGCAGUAAUCCAGCUAUGCACCGUCGCCAGCAGCGACGUCACCAUCGCGACGAGGAAGACGACGAUGACGAUGAUGCAGAGGAUGAUGACAUUCAGCGUGCGCUGGAAAACAUUCGGCAACGUUCGCGCCGUCUGCCAGUAUCAACAGCCGAGACAACGCAGCAACACUCCUACGGUAGUACCACCCUCCAUAGUUCUAGUAUUAGUGUUGUCGACCAGCGACCAGCCACACAGCGGCCACAGCGACAACAACCACCAUCAUCACUACUACAACCACAACAAUCUCUUCAACAACAACACCAACAACAACAACAUCAUCAUCAAUCAUCGUAUCAUCCUCCUUCUCGCCAUCAGUCGUACGGCAACAGCAGCAGCAAUCCAGUGCACGAUAUCGACGCAGCUGAUCGAGCAACUAACGGUGACGAUGACGACGAUGGCUGCGUCGGAAGUGGACUUCAGCGGAGGCAGCGACAUCAUCGGCACCCUACGAUGGUCUACGAUGAUACCUUUGGCAGCAGUAACCCGGCCGAUGACGCUAGUGGCAGCAACACCAGCAGCAGUAGGCAUCUCAGUAACCGUUUCUCAGCUAUACACUCGACUCACAGCUUACUGCAAAGGCAACCUCCCGUUAGAGCAUCAUCAGCCAGGGCAUUAAGAGCUAGAGAGCGCGAUCAGCAGCUGCAGCAGCAUCAAGCCAGAGCCCAUCGACAACGGAAUGGUCACAGUGUCAUGACUGACGACGACGACGAAGACGAUGAUGAUGACGACGAAGCUGAGGGUGAGGAUGCGGAUGAUGUCGCUCAGUUGACCAGCGUUAGUAGCCGUGGUCGCGUGCGACGCAUAAAUCCGCGAGUGAGACGAAUUUUCGGCGAAUAACCGGAAGCCUUGAUGCUGCUCCCCGGGCAGCUAGAUCCACCGGCGCCGCCAGAGGUUGAGGUUUCUUCGUUCUCAGACAACUCACUGUCGUCGUGUCCGUCGUCAACUGCUGAAGAUUGCAACUUCAUUAACAGCAGCAGCAGCGGCGAAGCGAUCGACAACGACGUUGACGUUGAGUUGCUGGCCGAUGAGGACGUUGCUUACGAUGUGAUUGUCGGUGAAAGCGAUGAUUCAUCGGUGGACGACGAAUUGCACCUGUUGCUGCACCCUUAGGGGGCUUUUCCAAGACCCUGUCUCUCUCUCUUUCUCCCUUAUUAUCUAUCUUUCUCUCUUUCCCUAACAGACACUCUCACGCUUUUGUAAGGCAAAGGGGGAUAAAAACAAACUGAUAAAUAUAACCCAAGACUGAUUAGUGGAGAUAGUAGUAUAGGGAGGGGAGCAGGCGCACUCAGUAGUGGUACUGUCAGUGGCUUCUCUUCUCCUCGGACAUCGUCUCACCUGCGCCAUCUCGAUGACCGUUGGCGCCUGGUUCCAGGUGUUGCAUUCGAACGAUUCCCACGAACAAUCGAGAAACAGUUUAGAGGACACAAAGGAGAGAACAGCUAGAAAGAUAGAGAGAGAGAGAAAGGUGUGGGCGAUUGAAUUGUAUUAAGUGCGUUUUGAGUGUGUUCAGUGUGUCAACCAGUGGCAUACCGCCGGUAAGGGGAUGUUGCGGAAGUAAACCUUUUGCAUCGCCCACGUUGUAUAAUGAUACUGUAAGAAGAGCUACGAGAGUGGCUAAGGGGUGGAAGCGCGUGGGUAGGAAGCGAAGCCUUUUUUUAAGAGCCCCCUCGUCUGUCUUUUAAAUGUAAGCCAAACCUCUACUACCUACCCAGAUUAUGGCAUUAGUUACACAGAGAAAGAGAGAUGCGAAAGAUCGGUGGAGCGAACGAACAUUAAUUCCUUAAAAUUCGGGCUGUUAAGAUGUAUGUUACUGUAAAAUUGAUAUGUAAAAGAGAAGUCAUCAAGGCAGGCAGGCAGACGGCGGAAGCGCAGCGGAUGUGCUUAUUAAAUGAAUUAUCGUUAUCGUAUAAGA